AUCUCUUCUAAAGUCAGUGUAUAGUCCGGUUGCAAUAAAGACGAUUUACCUUUCAAAAGGUUAUGUGUGUUCCUGUUACAGUCGUAAGGCAUACAUCAACAUAAUAGGGUUUUAAUCAGUAAUCACGCACUGUUGCACCUACGACACUAAUCUAGUGAACACUAGUGAUGACUCUUUUUGAAAUGACCUAGCUAUCUGUCCGGUCGACCGGACCUAUCUGGCUGGACGGCAGGACAUACCUAUCUGGCCGACCCACCAGACGGACUUUCUGUUCUAUGUUCGCUAUUUCUUUGACGUUUUUGCAUCUUUAACUUUUGGUUUUGUACACCAGCUUCAAACAGCUGAAAAUACAAUAUUUUUGCUUAUGGAAAAUAUUUCACAGUGGUAUAGAUGGUACAAUGAUUAUCUACUAAUUUGGCAAACUAUUAGAAUUUUUGCAACCGGGAAAUGGCAGAGCAAUUUAUAUAUAGUGCAUGUUGAACCACACUGCUAACCUUAAAACUACUCAAAAAUAAAAUGUUUGUAGCCAAUUUUGACUUUGUGGGAUCUGACUUUGUGGGUGUGUUUUCUAGUGCAAACCCAAGUUCUGUGUGUACUGUACACCACACCCACUCAAGUUACAUCCACUUGUUGAAAAUACACUAGCAAAUUCUUCUGACUGUAGGCGGCUUUGCAAGAGAUACUUUUAGGAGAUGGGAAACUCUUCGCCAUAGAAACAAUCGCAUUAACGCCCACUGUAUCCGUCCAUUGUCGAUGGGCCGCGCUGUGCAUUCUGGUUACACUCAGACAAGGCGCUCUCUCCUUUAGGGAGUCUAUGGGAGUCAAUUGGGCGCUAACACAAAAAGCCAACAUGAGCAUGAAUUACGUAAACAAGAAGCUCAACAUUACACAUUUUCCAGAAGUUGAGAUAACGAACUUGUCCUCUGUUAUAUCGUAUAGAUUUCAAAUCGUGACAGUGCGUACUUUCAAGGAAAAUAGGCAGGUUUCUCGACUUAUACCCUGAUUUACAGAAUGGAUUUCGUUACGAAAAGCUAAGCAACCACAUUACGCAGCAUGAUAACGUGAACGCGAUUGGUCGACAGUAUACAGGGCGAAGCGUUAAGUUUCUCUAUACAUUUCGUGCUGGGACUCUUAUCCCAUCUUUUUCAAACAUCUCUGGCUUCGCUCUAGCCUUGCUGACGCGCGACCCACGUGACUACACGACGAGGAAGUAGAGAGGCUGGUGUUUUAGCAAGUCAUAUCUCAGCUGUACAGUCACAGAUAUAACAUUGUUCAAUCUAUACAAAUCUUUGGCACGGUAGUGAGGGGCAUUCUGAGUCAUUUCGGUGAGCUCCCAACUGGAUCCUUGUUCAAAAUACUUUAAAACUCGAUCUAGAACCAAGGGAAAAUUGCAAAUCGCAGGAAUUAGCUACCUUUAUGUCAGAUCGUGAAAUGCACGUUUAAAUACAUUUUUACCUGGAUAAAUUAUUCACCUACAAAAAUGAAUUUUCUUUAAACACACUGCAAAAAUGAGCGUGGACCAGAAUGACACGCUUUCUUGUUUCUGCAGUGAGGAUUCACCCUCGUUAGACAAUUAUUUUGUAACGUAUCUGCAGGUAAUCGUUGUUUUGAGACAAAAAAAAAACUGUAGUACUUGUAGGGAAGCUAAUGAACGGCAUUUAAUGAACGGCAUUUUCACUCAUGCGAUUCGAUUCUCGACGUUCAAUAAUAAAAAAGAAAAAGAGCAGCUAGGUCGGGAACGACCCAUCACAGUGAAAUGGCAACUUAUGAAAGCACUGACAAUGAAGCAAAGGACACCACAUCUCCAAACGAGAAUGACAAAACUUGCUGUUUCUGUAAUAUUGCCAAGGAACAGUCGGGGUCGGACACAGAAAUGCAGCUUUUUGAUGAUGAACUGGUCUGCUUUCGUGACCUGAAACCCGGGGCACGGCAUCAUUACCUGGUUGUACCUAGGACACACGUCGGGAACUGCAAAUCACUCCGGAAGGAGCACAUACCUUUGGUGGAGAAGAUGGAGGAGAUGGGAAGGAGUGUAUUGCAGAAGAAAAAGGUGACUGACCUGGAUGACAUAAGGAUGGGGUUCCACAUGCCCCCCUUCUCCUCUGUCCCUCACCUCCAUCUCCACGUCAUUGCUCCUGCCAGUCAGAUGAGCAUCAGGUCGCUCAGGCACUAUGGGCCACAAUCCUAUUGGUUCAUCACUGUAGACAAAGUGCUCCAGCAGUUAAGGACCCAGAACCAGGUCAAAUAAGAACACACCUGGUUUAGCAGGAAACGACAGGACUGGGCCACAACUCUUACAUGGCUGACUGCAUUUCCUCCCUAUACUUCACAUGCACUAAUCUGAAGGACUGGCCCGCAAAAAGAUGUGUUUGUUUUUGGUUAAAAAAGACAGUAAAAUCACCAGGAAUUCUGCAAAAUAUAAAUGAUGUGAUCGUGUCUCAAUGUAAUUCAAGGUAUGAAAUUAUUGUUAUUUUAAAAUGAACUGAACAAAAAUAAAUGUAUCGUGCAACAGAGUUAUGGUUCAUAUAAGGAAAUAAAAUUAUCUUGGCAAAGGAGAAAUGCUCACUAACAGGGAUGUAAACAAAUUUGUGCACCAAAUUUAAGAGAAAUAAGUGUGUGGCCAUCUGACACAAACUCACUCUUUAAUGUGGAACAACACUGUUUCUCUCAGAGAGCAGCAAAGGAAAUAUAACAUUAAAGGGCCUUUUGUGCUCAGAUUUGAUCGUUUUUAAGCGUGAUUGUUUUUCUAGGUGGAGAAAACAUCUUGUUGCCUAUCCCUGCACUAGUAGGUAUGUUGUGCUAGAUUUUACUUUGGGGUUAUUUCUAUGCCUUGUUACAUAUUAUUACCAAUGUGGGUAUCAUUGCAGACAGACAGUCUAAUGAUGAGCAAUAGUUUUGAUAAUAAAGACGAAUUAUAUAACACGCUAA